CGAGGCGACAGCCAUAAUGGCACUAAAACAACUGUAAAGUUUUCAAUAACGACACGGGAAUAUAUUUUCUGUAAUAAGGUUAAGUGCAAAUAAGAAAGGAAAAACACCACUUCUUAGUUCUGUGCACAUCAUGAUGUUUCUUCUUUCGUAUGUGAGUGUGUAUGUGUGUGUGUGAGUGGCUACCUCAGCAGAAGAGAUGAAGAAAUAAAAACGUAAUUCUUUGAUUCGCACCGUUUAUUGCCGUGGCCCAACCAGGUCAAUUUCGCUUGAUUUGCGUCAAUUUUAGGAAAUUCGGAGUAUUUAAUAUGCAUCAUUUUAAUGAAAAUUUCGUCUUGAGUGACCAAAUCAUGGUCUCUCGACUCGAGUCAGCAAGAUGAAAACGACAACAAAAACUGUGUGUCUUUCAUAUUUAUUAUACUAAUUGCAACGAUGCGAUGAAUAUGAAUGGUUUUUAUUUAUAUGUGGCCCAUUUUUGAAGAUUCAUGCGAUUUUGUUUGUUUGUUUGUCUUUUUAUUUCGUUCUUAAUUUUGCUUGGCAUGCAUUCAGUUGCCCUGAAUUUCUGCGAAUUUGGUGGACCCAAUUGUUUCACUCAUUUGUGCUCGCUUCUUCUUCUUUUCUUUUUUUUUUCGCAAAGAACAUAUUAAUCGUAUUACGAGGCAAACGAAAGUUGAAUUUGAAAUGACAUUUGAAGUAACCAGAAAUAAAUAUUUCCAUUUCAUUCGUUCACACUUCAUUUUCAUUCGGUUCAAAUUCAGAGCCUGAUGCGUAAGUUGCGCGCGCUCGCUCGCACAAAACAUUACGCGGAAAAAUGCUUCAACGACCUCAUAAAAAUUUCAGAUGAAAUCCAAAAAUAAAACGGUGCGUCCAUUGACAAUGAUUGUGAAUGAUGUGUGCUGUGUGAUGCUUUUCUCUCACUUGAACACUUCUAUUUCACGUUCUGAACAUGUGCGGUCAUCGGCAUCGGAUCAGAUGUGUCGCACGAUUCCAGAAUAACUGUGUCAAAACAAACAGAAAGAUAAAAAAAAUAAAUUCAUAUAUAUCACCUCUAAAUCUUCCGGCAACGGUAGAAAAGCGAUAAAUAUCUCAGAUUGUGAUAUUUUCCCUUGUUUUCUUUGAAUUUUCGGAAGACAACUUUCGUUUUUCUUUUUUUCAACGUUUAAAUUUUACUUUCGGCUUCAACGAUUCAUUGUAAUGGUUUUCUUCGACAAAAAAAAGUUAAACGAAAAGGAAAAAAAAGAGAACGACAAACAGCGGAUCGGACACGCACCGAAAUGAGCAAGCUAAUCCAUUGUUUGUGUGAUUUCUUUUAACGCGCCUAUUAAUCUAUUCCGUGUGUUUGUUGUUCUGUUUUGCGCGUCGUGCUCUUUAUUCAGCGACAAGUUGAUUAAAUGUCUGGAAACUUUGCAAUGCCAUGCAGAAGGAAAAAAGAAGAAAUAACACGGAAUUUUACGAAAAAGUAAGGAAAUCACAUAAAAUGUGAUUGCUUCAUGCAGUGAUCUGAACCGCAAGAAGACAUAGCUCGUACGCGCGUCAAUAGCAACUAUUUUCUCUCUCUUUCAUUUUUUUUUUGGCUAGAUACUUUUCUCUUUUCUCUUUGCCAUUUCGACAUACAGACAAAGAUACACACAUGAUCGCAAAAAAACACCAUGUAUGUCUUCACUUGAGGUGAGUUUUUUCUCUCUUCAUUUGACUCAUGCAAAAUGUCGAGUGAAAUGAUCGCUGUUAAUUAUGUAGAAAUGAAAAUAAAUGUUCAACGAGCUGGAAGAGAGCCACAUUUCAUUUAGACAAAUUGAUCUAUCUGCGAGCUGACACGACCGACCUCAAAGUGUAAAUUACCAUAUGUUGGUUUUCGUGUAAUUGAUUAACACUGAUUAAUUACCCCAAAAAAUCGACAGACGCGCAUAAUUUCUUCGUGUUACUUUCAUUUUGCAUAGCGCGAGAGUGUUCCAUACAGUCGCAUUUGUUACAAAACAUUGACAAGUGAUCAUUUUGUUGUGUGUUGAAAUGAGAUAUGGAAAACGAUACCGAUCGGUUGCCGUAGAUCCGAAGAAAAAAACAUUAGCUAAUUUUCAAACAAAUUGCGAUAUUAAUGUACUGCAGUCAGGCGAGAAAAAACGGGGUUCAUCCAGUUCCACUAGUGAAUGCCUAAUGAUCGAAAUUAAGUAGAAAUUAAAUAACUAGAAUGAUGUCGAUCACACACACGCACACACGCCGAUUGAAUCUGCAAAUUAUUAUCCGCGAGGUGAAUAUAUUGUGGUUUGGAACUCAAUACAGAAAUCAAAGUGUUUCUUGAUGCAUAGUAGAAAUCCAUUGCGGCUAUGGCUACGCGUAAUUUUCCACUCAAUGGAUAACUAUUUCAACGUUUUAGUUUUUUUUUUCUGCGUGUGGCUUUGUUUUUACAUCGAUUGUGUGGCCUGUAUGCAUUCAGACUGAAAUAAUUUCGGCCUAAUAUCAGCGAACGGAGAGAGAGAGAGAGAGAGGAUAGCAACAACUGAAAAAAUGAAAUUAUUAAUAAUACAAUAAUAAUGACGGUGUUCCGUAUUCACUCAUCAACGUCACCCGGGCCGGUGUUCUUGCCAUCAAUUUUCAGUUUUGGAUUCCUCAAAUGAUGGCGUGCUAUUGAUGUCGAUCAAGUUUUCAUGCUGGUUUUUUUUUAAUUCUCUUCUUUAUUUCGUUCGAAACGGUUCUGGUCGCGAGUUAAUAACCGUCGACUGUAGUCUAUUUUAUAAAUACAGUCCAUUUGAAGUGUGUAGGUAUACACCAACACGGCACAGAACCAUUGAUUGCUUUGUUCCAACGGCCUUGGUCUUUCAGAUUGUUUUUCGACCAUGUUUUUUUUACCCACAAUGUAAUACGAACGAAUGUUUUUUAUAUCGCGGUUGUUGUUGUUGUUUUUUUUCAUGUACAUACACAACACACGCUUGUUGCGGCUUAGCCUGUUGUUUGUUCUUUUCGCAUCGAUUGAUCUUUCGCUUGGCGAAUCAGUAUCGAAACUUCGCACGGGUUCAACGACAUUAAAAAAAAAACGCCAACCGUAACGAGUUGCCGCGUAUAAACAUACAAAUUAUCUGUAGUAACACAGCAGACAAUAGAGUCAGAACAUAACGGUCUACCAUAGCGCUGAACGAUUGAGUGUAUUUUUUUUGUGUGAGUCACAAAUACAAAAAUCAUACGGCAUUAAGUGACCCCCUUGAAAUUGUACGAAAUAAUUGUGAAAUAUCCUCUUGAUCUAACUGUAAAACGAAAUUUCAAUUUGUCAAAACGUGCUGAACACCGCGCGAGCACAAUCAACGAGAAAUGGAACCGCCGAAAAAAAGAAGCAAUUAAUAAAUUAACAGGCAAUCCAAAUUGGGCGUUUUCCACUGCUCUGAAGCAAUUCAUUGCUGUAUACUGAUUAUGCCAUUUAAGUCGCGAUGUCAAUUAGGCCAAAUAACCCCGAAUAUCAACAUUUAAAACAUCUUACCUUCGAAAUACACGCGAAAGAUAUCCAACUAAUCAGAUAUGAUUAAAUGGGCUAUAUUUAAAUUGGAAAGGAGAAUUACUACUCAAUGUAAGCGAUUUCGUUUCACAUUGAAUUUUUAAUCAACGCCUCGCAUCCAUUUAAUUUGAUUGAAUUGAUCAAUGGUCGCCGCUGUUGCCUCUGUCGGUGCUGCUGUUAUUGAUGCGGGCAUCGAAAAUCACCACAGCAAGACUUAAUCAAAAGCAAAUAUUGAAUUAAGUCCAUGUCGAACUAACGUUUUAAUACGGAUAGAUAUUCAUGAAAACUGAAUUUUAACACCGAAGCAUUGCUAAUGUGUCAGAUUGUCCUCUAAUCACAUUCAAUUAGGACGUGCCAUUAUGCCGCUCUCUCUCUCUCUCUCUCUCUCUCUCUCUCUCUCUCUCUCUCUCUCUCUCUCUCUUCAAUUCACCGAAGACAAUAGAACGCAUUAGAAUGAGUCAUGGCGGUCGGCCAUACACAGGAAAAGGCAAACCAGUUUUUACCAUUGAACCUAUGGAAAUUGGCGUGCACUUUUGUGUGAUCUCAUGGUGUCCGACGAGCGAAGAAAAUUAAAAUAUUUGAACAAGUUUUCGCUGGACACCGUUUAAAAAAAAAUUGUAAUGAAACAUAGAAAAAUAUCGCCAUGUCGAAACUGUUGGAAAAAUAAAAUUCACAAUGUUUCAUUUCAUGUACACAGCGUUACAGUUGUUCACAGAGCAUUGCUACAUAACUGACAAACAUAUAUAAAUAAAACAACAAAAUAUAUAUAUCUAUAUAUUCACUCCAAAAACAUCGUUCCGCUUUAUUGCUUGCUAGUUUUGUUUCAACGCGUUUGUUUUUUCUCUUCUCUCAACUUUUUCGACUAUCGCAAUUGUAUGAAAUCAAAAAUUGUUCAUUUAGUUCGGUGGGUAUGCAAUGCGAAAAAAGACCGAACGAAUGAACGAGCAAAACACAGUCGAGAAAGAAAGAAAAAACAAAUUUGGAAAAAGUUUUGAGUUCUAUGUGCGUUUUUCUAUUUGAUGCGUAUAUAUUUGAAUAAAAUUUACAACCGUUUUCAAUAUACAAUUUACAUGGCAAACAUUGUUCUUCCUUUUCAUAAUAAAAAUUUAAUGGGUAAAUAGAUUGGCGUUUUAUUUCUAGUUUGGAAACAUUGGGCACAAUUUAUCGAAGCUGCAAUUUCAGAGAGAUGAGAGAAAGAUAGCGAAUGUCGACGUAUUCAGUGCCGAUGAGAGGCGAAUUAUAAAUAAAAUGUUUGUUCUAAAAUUAUCAGUGGGCCUGUGUGAGAGUGCUUACGCGCGGAUGCAUGAAUUCAGCUUUGGAAUAUCAAUGGCCAAUACGCGAAUGUACUGCACAUUGUCUACAAGGUUCAUGCAUAAUGGAUCAGGCGUACCAUUCGCUCCAUCAAGCCAUAAAUUACGCCAUGAAUCGCGCGCGCGCGCGAGAGAGAGAGAGAGAGAGAAACUAUCAUCGUUUGUCCGAUCACAUAUAUAAUGUAUGAAUAUGAAGUGUUUCACAGGCCAUUAUUACCGAUAGCCUUUUCCCAUUCUCCGGCAUGAGUUUGAUUUUAAAUUAAAAGUGUGCAACAGGAACAAUAAAAGCGGCAAAUAUUGUGUUGGCUUGUUUUUCGUUGCCUUUCCUUUCCUUUGUUCGUGGAUGGGAUUUCGUUAACGAAAUUUUAUUCGAUCGGCGACGAUGCGGGCACAACACUCUUCUGCAAUUAAUUUUACAAAUAAAUAAAUAUCAUUGCUAUUUUUAUGGAACAAAAUUGAAACGAUGCCGACGAUCAAUUCAUUGAAUCAAUAAUUUCAAAUUGAAAUUGAGACCCGUUGAAUUGAUCAAGCAAACGAAUGGGGGGCUACAUGUAAAAUAAGCAGGCAAAACUCUCUGAAAAUGACUUGUUUAUGCCUUGAGAAUUCUUGUCAAUGGCCAAUUGAGUGCGAGUGGUUUUUUUCGCUGCUGCUUCUUUUCUUCUUCUUUCGUUCACUCACUCACAAAGGAGAUAAAUAAAACCACUUGAAAUGCUGUCAAUUGGAUCAGAUGAGCGCAAAUGAGUGUAAUGUACGCCACACACGCAUACCAUCAUCAGUCUUCGGUGUGAUAUGUUGAACACAAACACAUGCGCACACGGUGCCUGUACCAUCGAUAAUACAUUGACCCAGAUAGAAGUGUAUGCGUUCUAUUCUGUAUCGUCCAUAGAGAUUUCUCUCACUCUUCGCAUGUCUAUGCAUAUAUACAUCGAGCGCUGUAUAUCUAAGCACAAAGAACCCAUGCAGAAUGAAAACAAAACUAAGUUUCUGCUCUUUUUUCGGUCGCUGUCUACAUCUGUGGCUCUAACACGCUCAUCACAUACACCAUACCAUUUCCAUGUAAAUGUGUGUUUGCAUAACAAGAGUUUUUUUUUCAUGUAAUUUUCGGUGCUUGUGGUUCAAAGUACAAUGACUUAAAAGCGAUUGUCUGGCUGAAGGCUUUGCUUCUUGGUCACUCUUGUACACUCCUUUUCGGUCGUUUAGUCGUUGUUCUUUUUUCUGCUGUUUGUUGCCUUUGUGCUCGCAAUCAAUAUGUCCAGUCAGUUGCUAAGCUUUGCACACAGCCUGUAACAGAUACACGCUGCUAUAUUAAAUGGAAACACGCGAGUCAAAAAGAGCUCACUGUCACUGACCACUGAUAUAUAUAUAUGCAAAAAUUGAUUGGAAGAAUGGGCGGCUGCGAAAACCUCAACACAGCAGUUCACAGGCCUCAACCGAUAAAAUGUCAAUCGAAUAAAGUAUGAUUCAGCGAUUGCUUCCUCGUUGAAUGCAUCAUUGAAAAGAAAAUAUACGACUAUUCCGGAUUGCGAUAUGAUUCACAGCAAAGCCAUACAAACGGCAUAAAGGAAACUACGUUGUUUUCUUUAUUUCUCUCUUCCAUUCUCAGGCAUUCCCCAUUGAACUCCGAACGGAAUAAGUUUUUCUGGUUAAUUUAUUUAUGAUAUAAUUUAUUCGUAUGUACACAAAUUCUUCUGUUGUUAUUCUCAAAAUAACGUCUUUGUUGUUGGUCUUUGAUGCAGUCGCUGCCAGUGCUCUGUGUGUGUAUAUAUAUAGAUAUCUAUAUGCGUGCUGUGUCUUCGACGACAGUAAGGAGAAAACAACAACAUUACAUUACACUCGAAAGCAUGAGUGUGCUGUGCUGUGCAUAGAGUAGAUUCGUUCAGUCAGUUAUGAUUGUGUGAGUGUAUGCACAAAUAUCUUUCUCUUUCGAUUUGCCUCGGUAGCUCAGUACGUGUGCAUAUAUGUAUGUGUGUGUGUACCUCAUGCUGAGCAUACUGUAUCCAUUGCGUUCUGUCAAACACAAACGCGGCAUCUCUAUGUAUUGGUGCCCUCACUGAGCCUACAUACUCGUUUCGGUUUUUUCGGUUUUGUAUACAUCGAAGUCCAUAAGCGAUUCAUUGUGCAUGUAGAAAUGCUUUUAUCUUAUUAGGGUAGCCAAUUUUUUGUUCAUUUCAAUCGAUUUUCAAAGCCAAAACAGGCUAAAUACACGAAUUGGUUUAUUUCUCUUGUUGGCUGAACGACCGCAUCGAAUACACGAUAUAGCCCAAACGAUUCAUGACGACAAUUCGUUCCAUGUCACCCUAUUGGCUCAUGCUUUUGUGUACAACGUACACUUUUUCCGUUGCCGUUGUUGUAGUGCUGCUGCCGCUGCGGUUGUUGUUAUUGUUGUUGUAUUUUGCUAUUACUUUUUCUUGCUGUCGCUCCAUGCACACACAACUCUUUAAAAUCGGAGUUUCAGCCAGCAGUCUUGUUCGGUUUAGUGAAGCAUACAGACGUUUGAUAUCGCUUGUUUGUUGACCUAAACACCCAAAUCAAAUAGUUUACAUAAAAUUAAAAAAAAAUAAAGGAAAAUAUUUUGAUUUGAAGAACAAAUCGUGCAGUUACUUUACAAAUUUUGUGUUUAAUUUCAAGUUUUUGUUUUAAGUUGCUUCGGCUAAUAAGUUUUCAUUGACGAUAAGUUCCAGAAGUGUACAAAUUAGUCUGAUCUUAUGCUCAAUAUUUACCAUUGCAACUUAAGAAGAAAAAGAAUAACAGUAGAAGAAAAACCAAGUGAAUUAGCCAAGUUGACGUAAUCAGUGGUUUGAGAAUAGUGCUUUUCAUAUGCAAAUAUCAUAAAUGAUAUGUUUUGGCGUUUAAACAUAUAUACAAGCGAUUACGAGAUAUUUGAUGCAUCCAAGUGACUUAAACAAGUAAACAGAGGAAAAUAGGUUGAAACAACUUAUAAAUAGAGAUUGAAAAUAGAUCAAGCGUUUUACAAUCGCUUAAUAAAAAUAGAAUUGUUCGCGGAAUUCGAUUUUUUGUUGUGUUUUCAACAAACGAAGCAGCUUCAUUUCUUCGAAUUGAUACCGAAAUAUAUAAACAGUCAAUGUAAAUGUUGGGAAAAAUGUACGAUCGUGAAGUUUUGCACUUUGAUAAUGACCGCGAGGCGCGUCGUGAGCGUGAAGUGCGUUUGACGGGUAGCAAAUUGGAUUUGAAUUUUUGCGGUGCCUCACGUGCCAAUGCCACAACAGUAAGCUCCAUUCGGACAAUCGAUUCACAUGGCAAUGCUGUGUCGGCACUGUCGUCGCCUCAGAGCAGCAGCAGUAACAACAAUGUAUCACCGACACAUGAUGAAAGCGAAAAGUUUGCACCGAUGACGCCAUCCGAGGCAGUUCGCCUGCAUGGCAGUCGUCUCACAGACUAUGAGCGCCAGGAAAUUGACAAAUAUCCAGAAAUAUGGUUUCUCGGAUUAGAUGCAUGCAAAAUCAACGCAAAACCUGGAACCGCACUGAAUUCCGGAUAUGACGAUGACAAUGGCAGUUACAAUAAGAUUAUUCACGAUCACAUAUCGUAUCGCUAUGAGAUACUUGAGGUGAUCGGCAAAGGAAGCUUCGGCCAAGUAGUUAGAGCAUUAGAUUACAAAACCAAUAAACCAGUAGCGAUUAAAAUCAUCCGAAACAAGAAGCGCUUCCACCAUCAAGCAUUAGUUGAAGUGCGAAUUUUGGACGAACUGAGGAAAAAGGACCCAAACAAUGAACACAAUGUGAUUCACAUGCAAGACUAUUUCUAUUUCCGCAAUCAUUUGUGUAUCAGUUUUGAAUUGAUGAGCUACAAUCUGUACGAGUUAAUCAAAAAGAACAACUACCAGGGAUUUAGUUUGAGUCUUAUUCGUCGCUUUUGUAAUUCAAUUAUCAAAUGCCUACGUUUACUCUAUCAGGAGAAUAUAAUUCAUUGUGAUUUGAAGCCGGAGAAUGUGUUGCUUAAGCAGCGCGGCAGUAGUUCGAUUAAGGUAAUUGACUUCGGCAGCUCAUGUUAUUCGCAUCGAAAAGUCUACACGUAUAUCCAAUCGAGAUUUUAUCGAUCGCCUGAAGUAAUUUUGGGUUUGUCCUACGGUACACCGAUUGACAUGUGGAGUCUGGGUUGUAUUUUAGCUGAGCUAUAUACUGGAUACCCGAUUUUUCCGGGCGAAAAUGAAGUUGAGCAGCUGGCUUGCAUAAUGGAAGUGUUGAAUGUACCGCCGGAGGAUGUAUUGAAUCAAGCAUCUCGUCGACGUCUAUUUUUCGAUUCACGUGGUAAUCCGCGUUGCAUUACCAAUUCGAAAAAUCGCAAGCGAAAACCUGGCACUAAGCCAUUGGCUCAAGUGUUGCGCUGCAACGACCCACUCUUUGUUGACUUUGUCAGCAAAUGCUUAGAAUGGGAUCCCAAGAAACGAAUGACACCAGAAGAAGCAGUUUACCACGAAUGGCUUCAGCCAAGCUCAAAUUCGUCCUACAAUCAUAAUAAGGCGGACAAAGAGUCCAAGAUACACAGAGAGUGCAACGAUAAUGGUUCGCAACAGUCACAACAGCAAUCAUCACAGAUACAGUCAUUGCCGGUCUCAUUGAAAACGCAAAAGUACUUCACGCCGCCAUCGAUUGUCACCUCACGACAAUUGCAUCAGACACAACAGAUCAUUUUGCCCGAAGUGAAAUCUAAUUAUAAAUUGUAUAAGGACAGAACCAAAGGUUUAACAGCUUCAACAACGGACAUUGAUAGCGUAGCUAAUGCAGUGGCACAAGCAGCUGUAAGCAGUUCACAGCAUGACAUUCAGCCAUACUCAUUGCAUCGUUUGUAUGCAGCUAGAAAACUAUCGACCGCAAGUAAUUUAAAGUUUGCCAAUAACGAUUCGAGUGGCAUGAGUGUUAUGCAUUCUCAGUCAACGGGUGAUGUUGCAUCGAUGUUUGGACGAGCUUGACAUGAUUGAACAUAAUUACACCGAAAGCAAAUUUGCACGCGCUCCACCAACAAUGAUACCCAAACCCGACAACAACCAAUAACGAUAACGAUAACGAUAAAAUAUAGUAUUAGAUGGCGAAAACGGAAUGAUGAGCCGGGAACACGAGCUCGCUGAGCAAACAACCAUUAUCAUUUAGAUGUCACUUAAGUUCAAAAUGUCCAAGGGAAACCAAAUAUCUCUUCAUCGCAUCGCAUCGCAUUCAAUCCAACAAACAUCAUCAUUAUCAUGAUAUCUCUUAUUGUUUGAAGCUUGUCCGAUUUGGAUCAAUGGCAUUCGAAUGGGAAAAGUAAACUCUAUUAAUUUCCUACACUCACAUCACACCAGCUUCAUUCAACAUUUAACGUAUCAUUUCGCUUUUUCCAUGUGGCAUACUAAUGAAAAAUUCAAAAGUUUAGCGUUUAGUUUGUAAAACUUCUUGUUGAUUGGUUGGACUGUGGGAGUGACAAGAAAAAGACAACAACAGCAACAACAAGUGAAAUUAAUUUCUAGACUAAUUGUAAUCUCGUAACACAGAAGUUUGCCAAAAAAAAACAAGACAUUAUAUAUAUAUUUGUAUGGAUGUUGUAAUCGCUUAAACUAAAUCACUCACACUCACGCUCAUCAAACAAAAUUAAUUGGCAAAAAGAAUUUGACACAAUCAACGUCAUUUACUAGUCAAAGUCGUUCGUUGUUGAGGCAAUGCGUUGUCAUCUGUGUGUCUGUUUAAAAAAAAAAAAAAGAAAACCAAAAUUCGCCUACUCAAAUCAAUAUCAUCAAACCAACAUUAUUUUAUAUAUUUGCAGAUAUUCUCUUCAUUGAUAUGUAUAAAAGAAAAUUGGCGUGAAUAUUGUGCGUACUGCCGAAAAAAAAAUCGGACCAUACAAACCAAACUGAUUUCGAAUUGCAUUUUAUGUUAUCGUUUUCAGUUGCGUUCACAUUUGCAUUGUUCUAAUUUCUUUUUUUUUAUGAUAACAUAUAUAUAACAAUAUAAUUCAACGUGAUUAGCUUAAAAGUCUAUCUAAAAAGCUAUACCAAUUUUAAUUGAAUAUAUAUCCGACAAGUUAAUCGUAAACACUUCCAAUGUAAUCGAUUUGAAUGAAUUCUUCUUAACACUUAAGAGACUUAAUUAUUGGAAAAGGAAAAGCGAAAAAAAAAAAACAGCAAAAACAAAAUCCAAUUGUAUCCACGUAACCCAAAGCUUGCUAAAACAUAAAGCGAUCAUGAAUUGAUUUAGAUUCAGGCAUGCAAUGCAAUAAAUGCUAGGACAUUUUGAUUGUAUUGUCAUAUAAAUGUACUAUCUCGAUAUUUGUGAUACUAUAUUGUAAAUCAGCGAAUACAAGAGAACACAUAAAAGAGAUGAUGAGAAAAGAAGAAGAAAAAGAAGAAAAAAGGAAAACAGAAAAAAAAACAGUUUCUGAUCCGUGAGUAUUCAGUCGUUUGUGUUCAACAAUAUUUCUUUAUUUGUCCUGCCCUUCGCUCAUUGUCCUUGUAGUUUUUAUUGUACCUUUUUUCAAGAUUGAAGGCUUCACACAUUUUAUUACAUAAUUUUUCUUUUCUUUUUGUUUUGAGUGGAAUUUAGACAAGAAAAAUGACAUAAACAAAUCUAGAUAUUAAGAUACAUAUAUUCUAAGUGCUCAACUCCAGAUAUUGAUCUGAUUUUUGUAGUUUUUAUGGUAAAUGAUAUCACAAAUCAUUCAUUACAGUUUAAAGAGAUAGAAAGAACAAAAUAUGAAGACAAUUGCAAUUGAUUACAGAAUAUAGAAUAACAAA